AGCUUUUCCUUAUGUGUUCGCGAGUACAAUACCCUUCCAGCCCUCUUUCCUGGAAAGAACCUCAGCACGGAAAUUUCGCACUACAAAUUUUAUGCUGUGCUGGUCUGCUGUGUUUGUUGCUUCAAAGUGACCUCGCAACUUCCUCCCCGCCGCGUAUCCAUAGCGACCGCAUCUUGGUUUUGGAGCCUCUACAGACUUCGAGUGGAGAAUGGCAAGCGUGGAUUCUGGAAGAACGGUCGAGAUGCACUCGAUGGAGUCACCCUCGGAGCACAGUGGGUCGCUUCCUUCCUCUCGACACGAGGGGCAGAAGGUUAAGGCCCUUGAUUGGGAGGGACCCAACGAUCCAGCAAAUCCGUGGAACUGGCCCGCGUCGAAACGGUGGUAUGGGACCGUUGUGCCCGGGUCUUUGUGUUUUCUUGUGUGAGUGGCUCCUUGAUGUAUGGCUUCUGCUGGAGGCGUGCUAAACCCAUCUCCGAAGAACGUUCGCGUCUUCGGUUUAUGUUCCAGGAGUUUAUGAAGUAGCGGCAAAAUUCGAUGUCUCCAUCACAGUAGCAUUGUUGGGGAUUUCGAUGUAUGUUGUCGGACUUGGGCUAGGGUGGGUUUGUCGAGGCAAAUUGGUGCGGUAUGCGUUGCCUGAUACUAAGAUUUCAUAGGCCAAUGUUUAGCGCCCCAUUAUCGGAGGUCUUUGGAAGGAAGAUGGUGUAUUUUGUCAACCUACCAAUUUUUCUGCUUUUCACCAUGGGCGCUGGCCUGGCGCAGAAUAUCCAGACGUUGGUGAUUUGCAGGAUGUUUUCCGGUAUAUUUGGGGGGCCUGCGGUUGCUGUCUCGGCUGGCUCUUUUGUUGACGUCUGGGAUCUCAAAUCGUCCGGGUCGGCCGUCUCCGUGCAAGCGAUUGCCAGUUUUAUGGGCCCCGCUCUAGGUACUGUCGGCAGUUUUUAUCAACAGACGUUCAUGCAAAAUGUCUAACAUUACUGUAGGUCCCAUUGUCGGCGGAUACUUGGCGGAAAACGAGGGUUGGAGAUGGACCCUUUGGAUCAUCAUAAUUCUUGGAGGCGCAUUGCUGGUCCCAUUGUCCUUUAUGGAGGAGUCCUACAAACCCGUCAUCCUCAAACGCCGAGCACUUGCCCGUGGGGAGGAACUCCCACCUAAACCGGAUCCAAAGGAAGCAUUGAAACUUAUCUUCACGAUCACACUUGCUAGGCCGAUAAUGAUGUUGUUGAAGGAACCGAUUGUUCAGGCUGUUGCACUAUAUUCGGCUUUCGCUUUUGCCGUCCUUUUUGGAUUCUUCGAGGCAUAUCCUGUUGCGUUCCAGAAGGAAUACGGAUUUGCUCUCGGCGAGACGGGGCUAUGCUUUCUGGGAAUUGCCGGCGGUCUCAUAAUUGGGUGCAUAAUCUAUUUGAUCCAGGAUAGGCUCUGUUACGUCCCUGCUCUGAAGAAGCAUAAUGGAUCGCCUCCAGCGGAGGUUAGGCUAGUCUCAGCUAUGAUUGGAAGCUUUCUGAUGCCCAUUGGCUUGUUCUGGUUUGCGUGGACAGCGAGAAAAGAUAUACACUGGAUUUCGCCUGUUCUUGCCGGUGUCCCGUUCGGGAGUGGCCUUGUGCUCAUCUUCGUAAGUCCCUUCCCCCAGAUCUUGGCUCGCAGUGGUCGGAGAGUGGCUAAUGGGGAUGCAGCUCACGGCCAUCAUGUAUAUUUUGGAAGUUUACCCGCCAUUAGUCGCGGCUUCUGCCAUUGCAGCGUUAGGUCUAUUGCGUUAUCUCUUGGCAAUGGCGUUCCCCCUCUUUACCGUUCGAAGUAUGUGGCGCUCAUCUACCCUGCCCAAUUCCUUUGCUAACCACUCGACAGUGUAUGAUAGUCUCGGUAUUGCCUGGGGCACAUCGCUCUUUGGCUUCAUUGCACUGGCGAUGGCACCUAUCCCGUGGGCUUUUCAGCGUUGGGGCCCUCAGAUUAGGGCCAUGUCGAGAUAUAACGCCAUCGUGGAGUAAUGUUUACGAAUGACACUUUUGGGGUGGUGGAUACUGUCUAUAGUUUUUGGGGGAUUUUGAUGCUUUUGCAUAACGGGCCUUAGAACUUCUCUUUCGCGUUAUAUACUUUUUUCCAUUAUUAUUUUUUAUUAUGGGUUUCAUUCGAUACUGGGCUAUUUUGGUCAUUGGGAGUUUUUGGUAUUAUGUAUUUUCCUGGGAUCAAAAAUGGCAUUACGUACCAGGAGGGGGGGGGGGGUAGCGCCCGGCUGUAAAUUCGGCCAUCGGGUUGACAUGCUAAAAGAGGCUUGAUGUGAAGUAGCUGAAUCCCUCGAUAGUUGUGAUAGCACUACAAGUAAAGUUUAAGUAUAGAA